ACCUUGUGUGUAGUCUCUGUUCCUCCUCCCUUCUGUGUCAGUUCAUUGAGUCUUUUCUCCUGAGUCUUGUUUGGUUUCCUUGUGAUCUCCUGUGUUGUUUGUGUGGAUUUCCUUUUGCUGGAUUUUCAGUUGGACUUUGGAUUUUUAUUAAAAUUUUAUUCAGCCAUCAAAGAAAGCAGCUGACUGAAGAUGAAUGAGCUUUUAUGAAAAAGUGAAAAGGCAGUCUCUUCCUCCCUGAAGUAUGGACUAAAUGGAGAGCGAACUGGUCCCAGUAAUGUUUUGGAUGUAAUAAGUGGGGACAGUCAUGCUACCUCGUUUUACAAGGACAGAGAUGUGAAAGGAUGUAGGAGCAGUGUCUUGAGAGCACAUAUAGGACAUAAAGAAGAGGAGAGGAUAACUCAAUACAGAAGAAGAAGAGAGGAAGAAAAAGGAGGCUGUAGAGAUGGCUGAGGCUCCUCAGCAGCAGCAGCAGCAGCAGCAGGAUGUGGUGGAGGAAGAGGAGCAGCCAAGCUCUGUGGAGGCGACAGAAUCCGAAGAGGGGCCAGAGGAACCCAAGGAGAAUGUCCAGACGACCCCGACCCGACCUCUGCUCUCAAUGAGGUCCAUGAGGUCCAUGAGCAGCGUGGACCCAGACGAUGACUCCCCCAACAUGAUCGUCUACAGAAAGAUUGAAGAAAUUGUCACUCGCAUCCAGGAUGAGACAGAAGGUGUUCCCAUCAGAACUGUCAAAAGUUUCAUGACCAAAAUCCCCAGUGUUGUUACAGGUUCAGAUAUUGUACAGUGGUUUAUGAAGAACCUUUCCAUUGAGGAUCCAGCGGAGGCCAUGCACAUCGGGAGUCUCACCGCAGCUCAGGGGUACUUCUUCCCCAUCUCAGAUCACGUCCUCUCUCUAAAGGAUGACGGCACUUUCUACCGCUUUCAGGCACCGUAUUUCUGGCCGUCCAACUGUUGGGAGCCUGAAAACACAGACUACGCUAUCUACCUGUGCAAGCGGACCAUGCAGAAUAAGACCAGACUGGAGCUGGCAGAUUAUGAGGCGGAGAACCUGGCCAGGCUGCAGAGAGCCUUUGCCAGGAAGUGGGAGUUUAUCUACAUGCAGGCUGAGGCGCAGGUCAAGAUUGACAGGAAAAAGGAUAAAACUGAGAGAAAGAUCCUCGACAGCCAGGAGAGAGCCUUCUGGGACGUCCACAGACCUGUGCCUGGGUGUGUGAACACGACGGAGAUGGACAUCAGGAAGUGUCGACGCAUGAAGAACCCUCACAGAGUUAAAAAGUCAGUGUAUGGCGUGACAGAGGAGGGAACACAGUGUCAGAGUCCCAAACACACUCCGUUGCACCACUGCCGAAAAAACACCAAGGAGGAUGUGGAGAAAGAGAUCCUAUUCCUGAACAAACAGCUAGAUCGUCACUGUAUGAAGAUGUCCAAAGUCGCUGAAAGCCUGAUAAGCUACACUGAGCAGUACAUGGAGUAUGACCCGUUUGUGACGACACUGGAGCCGUCUAACCCAUGGACCAGCGAUGAUCAGUCUCUCUGGGAUCUAGAGACCAGUAAGGAGCCAAGUCAGCAGCGGGUGAAGAAGUGGGGUUUCUCUCUGGAGGAGGCCUUGAAAGACCCCGCAGGACAGGAGCUCUUCCUCAAGUUCCUCGAGUCAGAGUUCAGCUCAGAAAACCUGCGGUUCUGGUUGGCGGUGCAGGACCUGAAGAGAAUGCCCCAGCAGGAUGUGGCACAGAGGGCGCAGGACAUUUGGACAGAGUUCCUAGCAGAGGGAGCACCUAGCUCCAUCAACCUGGACUCCCACAGCUAUGAACGCACAAGCCAGAACCUGAAAGACCCCGGGCGGUACAGCUAUGAGGACGCACAGUACCACAUCUACAAGCUGAUGAAAAGUGACAGCUAUGCUCGCUUCCUGCGCUCCAAUGUGUACCAGGACCUGCUCAUGGCCAGGAAGAAACUUGAUACGGAGCAGGGCCGACGCACCUCCCUGGAGAAGUUCACUCGCAGCGUGGGCAAGUCGCUGACAGGCAAACGACUGACGGGCCUCAUGCAGUCCUCCUGACAAGGCCUGGAUCAGGAGUAGGAGGAACCAUGCCCAGAGGAGCUGCUUACCCCUCAGGACCCCGGGGUGAUUGGGUGUGGCUGUGGGAGGCGGGUGAUGAUGAGACUGAUGGACUUGGGCCGCCACCACGUUUGAAAAUCAGCCUCAGAUCAGUUUGAGAGGACGGACAUCAUGCAAUAAGUCACCAGAUCUGACACCAGGACAGAGCUGUCACAGUGUAGAGGACAAACGAUGUAAAAGCCCGCUCCAUGCCGGGCUUCCUUUUCUCUCUUGUUGUUUUUCUCGACUGCCCUCAUGUUAUUACGGUAGCUGAAGAGGCGACCGCUUUACUUUCAGUGAUAUAAACAUGGAAUGCUUGAAUGCCGUCAAAAUGAGACUUAGAUUAUCGCUGUAGCUAGCUGCUCUAACUCACCUCAUUCACUUGGGACUCGGAUAGAGGGGGUUCACAGUAAACAUCUGCACUUUUCAACUUACCUUCUGCUCAAUCUUUACACUGAUGGUGGUCAGAUUUCCUGCUUUAACGGUGAAACAGGUGGAGUAGUACAACACAUUUUUAGUAGAAGAGCUUUUCAGUCGAUCUGCUUAUGUUAACUUACUCAAGAUGUAUGACCUCUGUGUGUCCUGAAGAGGUUCUGCUGGUUACAAGAUGUGUUUACAGAAUAUUUAACUUUUAAAUGGUAGGAUUUUUGUUUUUAUUUCAUUACAGGCUGAUUAAAACUACAGAUCACAACUUGUGGAAUCACCUUUGCCGGCUUUGGUUCAGUGAGGUUGCUCCAAAAAAACUGCAAAAAGGUCUCUUUUUAUUUUUACUUCAGCACCAUGAGAGAAACUUUAAUGAAAAUGUAGUAAAAUCAAAAUAAUCUGUGGAUUACCUGACAUUAUUUAUUAAGAAAAUAUAUAAUUCCCUGGAUUAACACUGCCACUGUAAUCAUCUGUAACUGCUGCAUGGACAGACAGAGGUGUAUUCUUGCUGUUGUAGAUUGUUAAUAACAGGUUGAUCACUUUACAGAAGCAGGUGUAUGACUGUAAAUGAGAGUUGAUCUAACGUUAGACCUAAUUCUUCUAAACAUUCCACUUCAGACGGCCUCAACGAGGUUUAACGAGCCGAUCUCUGACCAUUCUUCACCUUAUGUAAAGAGGACCACAAUAAUAAAAAGAGGAAUGCACAAUAAUGA